GAGAUAACCGCGGGCUAACGCCGACCCGCGGAACGGAACAACUCCGCCCCGGCAGAUUUUCUCGAUUCGCUUUUUCGGCCAGGCCAGAAUGCUGCGCCGACGAUAAUUUUCGAGCUUUAGGUUGUUGAUACACCACGGAGAUCUUGCAGAAUCUCCCGUUUCGCGAUCAUGGCGUCGACAUCUCAGCCCCCCCUUCGGUUUACCUCCCACAAAAACUUUGUCUACCGUCUCGUCUUCGCUACGUUGACCGGCCGUACGAUUCAGAUUUCCCAGAUCCGUCCUUCGUCGCCUACGAAUCCCGGUCUAGCUCCGCAUGAAAUCUCGUUCCUUCGUCUCCUGGAGUCCAUCACCAAUGGCUCCCAAAUGGAGAUCUCCUACACCGGUACCAUUCUUGUCUACAAGCCCGGCCUCAUCACGGGUAGUGCUGCAGGCACGGCGGCCAGUACUGGUGGUGUGGUUCGACACGAGCUCCCGGCAGGGUGCAAUCGUGGCGUGAGCUAUUAUCUGCUACCUCUCUGCCUCUUGGCGCCCUUCUCCAAGGCUCCGAUCAAGGUCCUCUUCACUGGUCCAGGUGUAAUUACCUCGUCCACCCCGACGGGUGACAUGUCCGUUGACAGUGUGCGCACGGCCAUUCUGCCUCUUUACAACCAAUUUGGAAUUUUCAACAACAUCGAGCUGCGCAUCCUGCGACGAUCGAAUCCUGGACCGAAUGGUAGAGGAGGUGGUGGAGAGGUUCAGCUAGUAUUCGGCCACCAGCUCCGGCUACCAAAGACGCUUCACCUGAUGAACGCGGGUAGGAUCAAGAAGGUCCGCGGUGUGGCCUAUGCCGUCGGUGUGUCUGCAUCUAAUAACGCGAGAAUGAUCGAAACCGCCCGUGGAAUCCUGAAUCCACUCGUUCCCGACACCUAUGUCUUCUCUGAUGUGUCGUCUGCCCCGCUCGUGCCUGCCCCUGAGAAGAGCAACCCCUCCGGAAAGAAGAAAAUCGGCCUUGGAUUCGGCCUGUCAUUGGUGGCCGAGUCGUCUACGGGCUGCCUGUUCUCUGCCGAUGUGGCGUCUCCUCCCGCAGGCGGCGAAGCGCCUGAGGAUAUUGGGAAGCAAUGUGCCUACCAGCUGCUGGAGGCCAUCUCGAAAGGAGGCUGCGUUGCCCCUGCGGCCGUUCCGACCAUGCUGGGCCUGAUGACGAUGGGCUCCGAGGAUGUUGGACGAAUCCAAGUCGGUCGCGAUGUGAUCGCCGAUGAAAGCACCAUCCAACUGGCCAGGGACCUGACCAAGUUCGGCGCUCCGGGAUGGGGUCUGAGAGACGCGAGUGGGGAGAAUGAGAAUGGGGACGUGAUCAUCAGUGUGGUAGGACGGGGCAUUGGCAAUGUCGGCCGUAAGGUCGCUUGAUUGUGAGACCCAACGUCAGCCUCACAUCAUUUGUGCGGUCGGCUGUUUCAGGUAUUACCGACCUUUUUAUGGUGGAGAUUCCAAGGCUCUGUCACAGUCCUGUUUCAGAGUAUGACCAGCUUGCAUCGGAUUGCCCAAUG